AUGCAAAAGAGAUGCCUUCGCUGCCAGAGGACAAGCUUACUUAGUCAAAAGGUAGACGAAAUAACCAUUUUCUACAUACGCGUGACCAUGCAGCUAAUGGCCAUUCAGGCGAUCAUCAUGCACCUGGUUUGUCUUCCGCCCGUUUUCACCGACAUAAAAUCGCCGCUCAAACGCACUAUGGUUAUGGGGUUCCGCAUAGUGGACUCAUUUUACUGCACCUUCAGUGUCAUGUACCUCACCCAUAUGGACACCCAUCUGUUCUGCAGUCUGUGCUUCAACCUGUCAGGCGUUGAUGCACUAGUGUCAAAGUGCCUUUGUGUGCAUAAGAAGCUAGGUGCUCUAACAAAGGUGUUCAGUGUAGGGCUUCUGAUACGUUGUCUGUUCGCAGGUGUGAUUGCAGAACAAGUGUCUCCUUCGUCUAUAAUUACUUACUUGAUAGAAUUGUGCACUCUUCUCUAUUCCAUGCUGAUUGGUAUUGUCAUUCCAAUUCCUCUUGGCAUUAAAAUGCUCUAUUUUUUAUUAAGUCAGUUUCCAAUGACAAUCUUAUCAUACAAUCUAUCUGGCAACUUGGUAAUUGUUCCAACACUAAUUGCAACAAUACUCCUGGUCUCUCUUAUUAGCUACUACUUCGUGUCGUUUUCGAGAAAAAAGAGCUUCUUUUCCAUUGAGACCACGCGAAACAUGGUUACUAUCCUUGGAGGACAGAUCAUGAACCUCUUUUUGAAUGCUCUCCCCUCACGGCUAGUUCCCAACGUCAUGAGCGGUGUCAGAAUGGAGCCAACUGUCUGCUUGGAUGUGUGCUUUUCAUAUAUCGCAGUAAGCGACGCUGUCCCUUCCAACCCGGGUUGCCUGGUUGUCAAUGCUAAAAAUGCCGACUACCAGAAGAUAGACGAGUACACGAAGGGCUUUAUGAGCCGGCUCAACCUAUAUUACUGUCUCCUGGACUUUUUGUCUGAGUGCAUAGGGGUGCAGAAGAUUAAAUCGACGUACACCCUUUAUAUGGUAGCAGCCGGGCUUGAAAGCAUUCUAGAUAUUAACUAUAAAGGCCCUGUCAGCGGCUACCUACUGGGACAGGAUGACGACCAGGAGCCACAAGCAGAGCAAUUGUUAUUACAAACAGAUCCGCUGGCUUAUAAAUUGCGAGCCGAGAAGCUAAAAUUUAAACAGAUAGCCACUUUUUGUUUGGCUGCUAGAAUAGCAGGCGAGUCUUUGGGGUUUAACGUCUCAGCCGGAAUCACGAAGGGACCUAUCAUCACGGGAAUGCUCGGUCAGGGACAGGCAAAUUGCAACUUUGAUGUCUGGGGGGACGUUGUCAAUAUGGCGGCCCGGAUUGCCCGCGGCUUCAAUUCCGGAGUGUUUAUUAAGCAGGAUGACUUUUAUAGCCAGUUGGAUGACUCUAUAAGUGGCUCAUACUGCCGGGCUGCCAUUUCGGAGAGCAGCCUUGACGACGACUACUCUGUGAUAGCCUUGAAAAAUGACCUUGAGAAAAAAAGACAAGAUGUGUCAAAAUACUUACCCAGCGAGGAUAUCGUUCGACGCUCACGUGAGAUUGUCUAUAACCUUCCACCGUGCUAUAUGUUUGGGAUGUCGUUUCCGCGUAUGUACAAAGGGAAGGCAGGAGUCACCUGGAUCACCGAGCUGGUUGAGACCGAUUAUAUGCCCUGGCUCUUGAGGCGCACGUUUAGCUUGGCGUACCGCAAUCUUCUGCUGUCAUAUAUUUCAGAGGAUAGUCAGCAGACUCUUGGUUUGCCCGCUAACCCUGCGUCUCCUAGGCACCGCGUGGGCCAGAGCAUUAAGCAGGGUGCUAAUACCGCAGAAGCAAAGCAAUUAGUUGGCAUGGAGCUCUUUGAAGCAAUAAAACGGAACCUAGGACUGGAGAAGGAUGACAACUCACACAUUGAUAAUGCACUCGCUGUUGUCCGUCAGCGCGAUCAGCUCGAUGCUCUUUUGCUUGAGCUUAAGAUGUACGUGUGUGAUGAGUCUAAAAACGCUUCUAAAUCAAGCGUUGUACCCAUCAAAGACGAUCAUCUAAAGAUCCUCAAGAGCCUUAGCACGCUAGCUACACUAGAAUCAAGCAGCGCCACCACAAAGCCAUAUUCCACACAGUCCCCAUGUAAGGAUCCUGCCACCUCAUCCUCCUUCCUAUCAGAUAACAGCCUGAGGAGGGUCAUCUACUGUGUUUAUUCGGGGGACUAUUCGCUCCUUGAGCACGGCGGCGAGUUUAUCGAUCUGCGGAUCUAUUUCGGCCUUACAAAUUUUCUUUCGCACGUUAAUCUUAGGAAUGAACCAAUGUUUUCCGGAAAGCACCCUAUUAUGGCUCGUUUGCAAUUUCCAGCCUCUGCAAACCAAUUGAAUAUACUAGAACCGCGCUCUGACAGCAGCGAUGAUCUAUUUGAUGGCAUUACAAACUCUCAGCUUAUGAUCGAAACGAUCUACAAGGCCACAAACGUGAUGGUAGACUCUCAGUUCCAUAAAUCUCAUGUCUCAUCAUCUAUUGCAGAUUCCUCUCAGCAGCGAGGCGAGGACAAGUACAGAAACACGAGCCUGACCCUUCCAAGCUCGUCCCAGGACCUCCAUUCAACUAUUCGGCAAUCGACUGACGGCAUCUCCGGCUCAGCCAUAAAAUCUAAGGGAAGGUACCGCAAGCCGAACAAUCUGCAGAUAUCACCGUUGCCUGACAGUGCCCCGAACGCCGUGGAGGAGUACUUCUUUGUGCAACCGGAUAUCAAGCCUCUGGCCCUAAGUUCAUUCAAUACUUCGUCUCUACGAAUUCCUGAGACCAUCCUAACGCCGCGUGUUCUCACCAACCAGCCCAGGCAUGACUUUCACGACGUUGUCAAGCUGGGUGUGGAGAAAACUCUGCGUAAGACAGCCCGAAAUGUUCUAAAGGGGCAGAAAUCCUUCAGCAGAACAGGUUCAAAUGGGCUGCUGCGUAUUGAAGAAGACUCUCGCGAGGUUGAAGGGUCGCUAGGCGGCCAACGAUCUGAAAUUCUGCAACUCCAUGACCUAGGACUUACUAAGAGAGGCGCUAGUGUGAGCAGAGAGACAUCUGGAGAUGAUACGGAGUAUUCCCUUGCCAGUAUUACGCGACGGUAUGCUUCAGGAGAGAGCAUAGAGCUCCAGCCCACUGUGGAGUAUACCAAAUCAAAGUUGGGAAAGCAGACAGUAGCUGUUGAGAAAUCUGCCUCCGAAGAAGUCGGGUAUGGGGAUGUACAGCACUUUAAGGACUUUACCUUGAUGGAUCUGCCCCAUCAAUCUGGCUUUACUACGUUUGAUGACCAGCUAGAAGAUAACACGCUGCAAUCUACAUUGCGAUCUUUUGAUAAGAUGAAUUAUUCCUUCAAGGAUCUCCUCCCGCCGAUUCAAGCUCCUUCAGACAACAUGAAAGCUCUUCGGAACAAAACUGAAGCCUCACAUGAGAACUCUUGUCCCGCACUAGUUCCAAUAAGACCACUGAUUGAAGCGGAUACGGAAUCUGACAACAUUUCUGUGUCUAAUGAUGACAUACACUUAACCGCCGCACAGGGCCUGUCUCUAGCAACGCCAACAGCUGGAGAUCAAAGAGGAUCGCCUUUGCCGCACUUUUCUUCGACAACCGGAACUCGUCCUCUGGCACGCUCAAAUUCGCAGCUCCACUGGCAGUCAGAGGAUAAUGCCAAGACGGCCCCUGCUUUCUGUAGUCGCGCAGACUCCACAGACUCGAUAGAACCGACGCACCACCAGUUUUCUGAUGCGGCUAGGUUCAGCAUCUCUAAACCUGCCCUUCAAAAGAGUACCGGCUCCAUCAAAGGCGAUUCGUUCGCCAGUUCCCUGUUGCAAUGCAAGCAAACGGGAAAGAUUCAGCAGCGUGCCUCGUCUCUCUCUCGCACUCCUCAGCAACAACCGCACCGUAUCUAUUCCCAGCGAUCAACCAGUGUGUCUGCCGAACAACGGGUACAGAACUUCUUCACCUUCUUUAAUACAAGUGCAACAGCGACCCCGACACCAACCAAGGUCGACGCCGUCAAGAAUGCGCUUAUUCUGGAUUAUACUCAACUCGAAAGCAUGACGGCUCCACAGAAUGGUGGCCGGCAUGGCCGCUCCGUUUCUUUUCUAGCAAGGCCCAAGUCUUCCUGCCAGUCACGUGACAAUCAGUCAACUGGGUCCAGCCGGCCUCUGUCUACGCUCACCAUGCAGAGAAGCCAGUCCACCCUUGAGAGCUGGAACGACCCAACCAGGGGCACGGUGUAUAGCAAGACGCCUGACUUCACAGAGCAAGAUGCGUCCUUCGAUCCGUCGACUACCUGUUCCCGGAACAAUCUUGUGGCACAGGAGCUAUGCAUAGACAAGCCAGAAAACGACGAGUGCUUUCAGUUUGAGGAUUGUGACCGCACUAGUACUAGUAUUACUGUGUGUACUAAUGGGUAUAAUGACAGACAAGUCUGCGCAUACCCCCUUUCACAGGAAAGAAUUCCCGUAGGGCUACUUAGCUUUCAAAUUCUCUUUGGCGUUCUACUACAUAUGAGGAGGCAGAUUGAGUUACUGUGCAGCAUCUCCAACUUGAUCAGUAAAAGGUGCACUGAGGAGAUAGGUUUUGCAUUCAUGGUCACUGGUAUGAUGCGUUCUCAGAAUUAUUGUAUUGAUUUCUUCGUCAUACUCUUCAUGUACAUAACUUUUUCAAUCAUUUUGCGCGUAACAAAAUUUAAUACUAUGGCUGUUAUUUUCUUUUUUAACUCGAAAGUCUAUUUUUCCAGUAUAAAAUUUAUAUACUGGACGAUGCUGGGCAUAAAUAUCCUCUGGCAAAUCUCCUUCAGCAUCUACUUACGAUACUAUGAUGGAGUUAGGAGAGCUGUCAAAAUUGAUUUCGAUAAGGCCACUGAACGUGGAGAAAAUAGCGACAACCUCGGCCGAGAUCUUCUUUUCAACAACGUGGUGAUCGGGGUUCGGAUUCUGGUCACGCUCACCACUGUUGUGUGCAUCUACCUGAUCCAAUGUUUCUAUUCUAUUGGAUUCUACUCCGCGCUGAAUAAUUCCAUUAACGAAGAACCAGACGCGAUGGCGCUAUUGAUAUUUUUCAUGCUACCAUUUCAGUUCUUCUACGUUGUGACUAUCCUCUCUACCACAAGCAACUCCGUCUUCUUCAUAAGCUAUAACUUCAUUGCUCUCAUGGUAGCAACCCUAGUCUUGGUCAUAGCAUCCUUCUGUGGGCAGAUUGAGGCAGUCCUGGUGAACCUUAUCAUGUUGAUCGCUGCCUGCAUCUACUCUAGCACAAAGCUGAGGAUUCGCAUCAGCAUCCUGGAUUGGAAGGCAUCUGUCGCCAACCAGAUCAAGACGUACAAGGAGAGGCUCAACCCCAUCCUUCCUGGGAUGACAAUAGAUGUCAUGAUUGCUGCAAAGCAACCAGAAGCUAUCUCGUCAACAGAGGGCGUUUUUCAGUUUAUAGAGUGCUAUAUGCGUGAUCUUAACCAUAUGAUAUGUCUUGCAGAGCUGGAGAAGGCGUCCCAAAUACAUAGAGUGGGGUCUACUCCCAUCACAGACGCCCCUCAUAGCCGUGUCCCGCCCAUAGAUUUCUUUGCACUUAAACUAGAGCGUGACCUGCUACCGAACACAUCUCCAUUUAUCUCAUCAGACGCUGCGCAUGACCCAGAUGAGCCUGGCCUCAUCGUGGAGACUGGCCAAAAGAACAAGCACUACUGGGAAGACUUUUGCCAGCAGGCACGUGAGACAAUAGAGAGCCGUAGCAAGGAGCUCUAUAAAGGAUUUGUAUAUAACAUGCACCAGUACUUGCACUUUAGUGAUCCACGCUAUCUUUCAUACGACAGGCCGAUCGUCUAUUUUGCUCGAGUGGGGUACCUGUCCCUCGACAUCGUCAAUUUCACAAAGCUGAGCUCAGAGCAUGACGCUAAGAGCAUCCUUCGGUUCCUUGGAGACCUGUUUUCUGAAUUUGACAAGAGGAUUGAUCGCGCGCCGCAGCUGAAACAGAUAAAGUCUAUUGGUGAUGCGUAUGAGGUAAUGGGGCUUCCAGGCAUACUGAAGAAGUAUGGUAAUGCAGGAAAGAGGAGGAACAAAGACUCAUAUGGGCAAAAGGAGGACGAUAGAAUUCUCCAGCUCUAUGAUGGUCUGCUUUUGCUGGUCAUGGCGGGCUUUGGAUUCAUUGAGGAUUGCAUAGAUGUCAGUAGGAAGCACUUCAGUGACAAGGUAGAUUACUUGGGGUUGCGUGUCGGGGUUUGCACGGGCGUGGCCUUUGGUUCACUCCUUGGCAGCAAGCAAUUCAGAUUCGACGUCUUUGGCAACGUCCCCGAAGAGGCGGAUUUGAUUCAGAGCGAGGCCUCCAUUAACGCUAUCUUCAUAUCAUCGGAUGUAAAGAAGAUUUUGGAAGAGGGAGAGAGCAAGUGGAAGUCGCGAUUCCAUGAGUACCAGGUAGAGCAGGAGGCGUUGGGAGUGCAGGCGCUCGACAUCCAACACGAGCACCUUUCCUUUACAUUUGUUAAGCACGUGAAGGACUCUGUCACUAUGUACGAGGUACAGUCCAUUAAUGAAUCACAGAAGCUCGAUCAUCUAUAUUUUCUUUCAAAACCACUCGAUCUAUCGUAA